UUUUUUUUUAUAUAUUAGUUUAGAAUUCUUAUUUAUAGCAUUUAUUUGUCGAAUAAUUCAAACAUGACUUCAAAUAGAUCACUAAGUGAAAUUGAAAAGGAUAUAAUGAAUAUCGAUCAUGCAUUACUUACUGUAUCAGAAGUUCGAUCCUCUCUUAAACAAUUUACAAACUUGGUACAAUCAGAUAAAAAAAAUAGCAAUUUCGUACAUGCUUUUGGUGAAAGUCUUCGUAAUGUCAAGCGAGAUUUAAAUAAUCUAUCUACAGAAGGAGAGCAAUUGAAAGGUGCCUUGGAACAUGCUCAGAUAUUAGCAAAUGAAAAUAAAUUCAACUGGAAUUUAAUAAAGAGUGAAGUAGAAAAAGAAGCUGUAGAAGAGGAAAAUAGAUAUAAAGAAGAAUUAGCUGAUACAGGAAAAGCAAAAGAGAUUGGAUCUUUAGUGAAAGCCAGUGCAGACCAUGUUUAUAACGAGCUUGCAACUAUUACAUUUGAACGAAGACCAACUUUAUUAUCACAAGAACCAUUGUUCUUUACAAAGUAUAUUGACGAGUGGAUUAAAGAUAAUAAACCCGAAGAUAUUGAUUUCUCAAUUACGUUUGUGAAUGAAGAGAGAAAGACUCUUACAGGUUCAACGUGUUGUAUUAAAAUUUAUUCUCGUAAGGCAUUAGCAGCAAUUUUAGAUUUAGAAUAUUAUCAAAAUUCAGACAGUCUAAUCAUUCAUCAAUAUGUUAUUAAAAGCGUUAAAGAGGAGAAAUAUGUAUGGCAAGAAUCUCAGCAUUUGGUAUUUCAAAAGUUAAAUCUGUUAGCUUCUAACGCGUUUGAAGAUAUGCUAGCGUUUUAUGCAAAAGAAUCAUUAUAUAAUAUUCUUAGCUGGUUUAUAAGUUAUCAUGAUUUGUUUACUAAACCUUGUCAUCGUUGUCAAAAAAUACUUCAAUUCGAUUCACCACAAUAUAAAUAUUUGCCACCUAUUGUGAGAACCUGGAAAAAGAAAGAAGUAUUUGAAGAGAAUUCAGAAUCAUCAAUCCGAAUUGAAACGGGUAUAACAUAUCAUAUGCGAUGUUUUAUUGAAUAUAAGAAUAACCAUGCAUUAUGAAUAAAAAAUGAGAAUUAUUUUGUGAUUUAAGGGGAAAGAUCGAGGCUGCUUUUCGUGACUGCAUUUC